AUGGCUGCUUCUAUUAUCGAAGGAAUCGACAACGAAGUUCUCUUUGUUCUUGCUGUGUUCGUGGCAUUUGUGGCAAUAUUUUUGGUCCAUUUCCUAUAUAACUCGAAUAGAAUCUCGGGCCCAAGCUUUAACUUAAAUGCUGGACAGAAUGUUCCUGACACAGCAUCAGCCUCUAUGCAUUAUUCACCAUCUGAGGAAAACUCGGAAGGAGGUUCAUCGAAUGGACCAGGUAGGCUAAACAGCUGCCUAGGAAAAUGUCAAUAAUGUAUUGCAUAAGGCUUAUAUCGUCUUUUAUUAUUUAUGUACUUUGUUCUUCGUAUCCCCCCAGGACCCGUUAGUUUUGCGAAUCUUGCUUACAAGUCCAAUGUUAGUGACACACAGUUCUACAAAUGUUGAACUGUUUGUGUAUCGUAUAACGUGUUCCAAUUUUUGCCUUUUUAAGUAAUUUUGAAUGUCCGAAAAAAUCGGAUGACUUCCGAACCGUGCUGAGGACGUUCCAACAACUUCUGAACAUUAACAAAGAUUCCCGAAAAUGUUCCGAUGAUGUCUGAGGGUUGCCAAAUGUGGCAGUUGGCACCAUCUUGGCAAGAUCACACUUAUCUUGGUGAGAUUCCAAGCAAACAUACCAGAAUUUUUGUACUGUAGGCCAAAAGUAAAGUUUCUUCAUUCAAUUUAAGAAAUGGCUCAAUUCAUUUUUUGAUGACCUAUUUAAAGGAUUGAUAAGGUAGAUACAUAAAUGGAAAGUGACUAAGUUGGGAUCGUGAAAAUUACAUUUGCCCAAAAGCUAAGGGACUAUGAUAAGGUCUUUAAUUGGCCACAGAGUAGACUAUAAUGGGGUAGGGUGCCUGAGAGACCCGCCGGACAUAACCAGCCAAAAUUAACCGGUGUACCCCCCCCCCCCCCCCCCACCAAGUGAAAACCACUUAGCACUACAGGAAUACAAUGUAUUUUGUUGAGCAAGUAAGUGAUCAGCAUUUUCUGCAGAUGCUUUGGUCACCAUCAGCAGGUGUCAAGAUACCUUGCCUCUACCCUUAAAUAUGAAGAACUUUCUUACCUCAAAACUCUGAAAAUGUGCGACCCCAUUCUAGUAACUCUAUUGAAAAUGAGACCCCAUUAUAGUCAAUCCAGUCAUAAAAAUGCGACCCCAUCCAGCGGCACAUCCCCAUUAGUUCCCCCCCCUCCCCCCUGGGGGAGGGGUUUCAGUCCAAUUUUGCACGUUUAUGACUCCCUUUUGUUUUGUUUUUGUAUUUCUUUUUUUUAUUUCAUCAUUCAAUGUUAUUUUUGUGUAUCAGUGAACUCUUUACCCAGUGGUUAGCCUUUCAAAUUGACUAAAGUUACUUGACCUAUCUCAUGUAAGGUGGCUCUCAACAGAUUAGCUUCACUUUUCAGUGAGUCAGGGUUCUUAUAAAAAAAUUGCAGAAAAACAAAACAGAUAUAAAGGUAAGCAGCUGUAGUUUAAGGACUCUUGCAAUCUUUAAGACAGUCUUUUCAGUCCCAAUUUUCUCAUUCAUAAGAAUAAACUAAAACGUUCUCUUGUUGUUCAAUGAUAGCUGCAAACCCAACAGGCAGUGAACCACUCCGAAAUGAUACUGAAGCUACGCCAGAGCAAGUUAAUAAUGCAAGCAUUCCCCAGAUGGACAGUACUACGGAUGGUGUGCGCUGGCGAGGGGAUGAAAGCAUGCCAGACUCACACAGCCCUAAUACAAGUAGUACCCCAGGAGAGAGCAUAUCAAUCCGGGUUAAAUUCAUGGAGAAUGAGAGAACUUUAUCAGUAAAUAGGACAAUGAAAGUAGGGGAUUUGAAAAGGUAUUUGCAGCAGCUUGAUAACCAGAUACACCUUGCAGUUUUAUCUAAAUACAUGUAUCUAAAAUCCUGGUCAAAACGCUUGGGACAAUUUGUGUUUCAGGUGAGGAAAAUGUAAUUCAAGUUGAUCCCCCUCCCCCCCUGAAUAGUGUUGGGUGUUACAAGUCAAACACUCUGAACAUAUUUUGCAUAUGCUAAGGACCUCAACUUUGUUGAGGGGAGGUGGGGGAAAAAUCUUGGUAAGGCCGUGUUUAUGAGUGUGUAACGCAGGUUAGCCGUAAAUUCCAUAGAAAAACAUGUGAAAAAGGGGAGGUGCCCCAAAACCUUUUGGCCAGGAUUGUAGUUUAAAAAAUGUCACUUUUAACAUCCUUUUAGUUUGACAAGUGGCUGUGAAAAGGCAUGUUAGCAGAGCAUAAUUUUACAAGAGUUACAUUUUGUUCUGUUUCUAGCAAACAAAGGUAACAUUACUCAGAAGGUAGGGCGGACUUGGGGAGUUAAUCCAAGGAAGAAUUCUAAAAUGCAAAACACAUUUUUCAAUCCUGAAAAAUAUACCUGAGUCCUUGUAAAGUCCAUGAAAAAUCCUACAUUUUUAAAUAUGUUGUAUUCAUAUAUUUUUUCAAUAUUACAAAGUGCGCAACUAUUUUAAUGUGUCUGUGUAUCUUAUCUUACUUCCACUGCAGAUUGUGCUUUCGGAAUGAAUUAAACAGUGGACAAAGGGUGCGGCUUAUAUACAGUGGGCGCUUACUGCAAGAUGACACUGCCCCUAUCUCCUUUUAUGGCAUUGAGAACUAUUCAGUACUUCACGCCCAGAUUUCUGACAUAAGAAGAACAGAUGAGAAUGAACAAUCAACAACUUAUCACCAAGAAGCCGAUUUGGACUUGUCUAAGUUAUUUCUUCCCAUAUUAGCAAUAAUUCUGACACNAAAAAUGUCACUUUUAACAUCCUUUUAGUUUGACAAGUGGCUGUGAAAAGGCAUGUUAGCAGAGCAUAAUUUUACAAGAGUUACAUUUUGUUCUGUUUCUAGCAAACAAAGGUAACAUUACUCAGAAGGUAGGGCGGACUUGGGGAGUUAAUCCAAGGAAGAAUUCUAAAAUGCAAAACACAUUUUUCAAUCCUGAAAAAUAUACCUGAGUCCUUGUAAAGUCCAUGAAAAAUCCUACAUUUUUAAAUAUGUUGUAUUCAUAUAUUUUUUCAAUAUUACAAAGUGCGCAACUAUUUUAAUGUGUCUGUGUAUCUUAUCUUACUUCCACUGCAGAUUGUGCUUUCGGAAUGAAUUAAACAGUGGACAAAGGGUGCGGCUUAUAUACAGUGGGCGCUUACUGCAAGAUGACACUGCCCCUAUCUCCUUUUAUGGCAUUGAGAACUAUUCAGUACUUCACGCCCAGAUUUCUGACAUAAGAAGAACAGAUGAGAAUGAACAAUCAACAACUUAUCACCAAGAAGCCGAUUUGGACUUGUCUAAGUUAUUUCUUCCCAUAUUAGCAAUAAUUCUGACACUUUGUUGGUAUGGGUUUUUUUACUACAGACAUCUUUUCAGUGCAGCAUCUGUAAUUAUCCUUGUUUUCAUGACGUUUGCAUUCGGUGUCUUAGCACAUGUUAUAACAUCCUAA